CACCAUGUCAUCAUUGUGACAUGGAGUAGCCAAUUUUUACCCCUCAGAUCCUUCUCCUCUCUCUUACGCCUCUCUCUCUCUCUCUCUCUCUCUCUCCAUCUCUAUCCCCACCCAAUCGUCCCUCUCGCGCGCAGAGAUCGUCCCUGCCUCUCUCUUCCCUGUGUUUUAUCUGUCUCUAAACCCUAAACCCUUUGGAUCUCUAUCUUCGAUCCAUCUGCGAAACCCAAAACCCUUGAAAUCGACUCCGAAAAUGAAGACGAAGUAGAAACAAACCCUAAGACGAAGCAAAUGAAGCCGAAACCCCUAAACCACACACAAACCCUAAGACGAAGCAAGCAGAUGAAGAAGAUGAACAAGACGAAAGCUUGAGAUUGCUGAAAUCGUCUGAAAUCCGGUUAGGGAACAGAACACGAAGCUAUGAAAAGCCGUUCGCACCGACUUCCGAUAUCGGACUCUCCUGAUGACUGGGUCGAUGGUUCAUGGACUGUGGAUUGUGUCUGUGGGGUGAAUUUUGACGACGGGGAGGAGAUGGUCAACUGUGAUGAGUGUGGCGUGUGGGUGCACACUCGGUGUUCACGCUAUGUCAAGAGUGAGAAAUCAUUUGCUUGUGACAAAUGCAAGAGCAAGAACACCAGGAAUGAUAGCGAGGAAACUGAGGUUGCUCAGUUGUUGGUUGAGCUACCCACUAAAACAUUGAGGAUGGAUAAUCCGUACCCAUUGAGUGGUCCUCCUCGGCGUCCAUUUAGGCUUUGGACCGACAUACCCAUUGAGGAGAGAGUACAUGUUCAAGGCGAAUUAUCUAUUGCUAUUUCUGGUGGUGAACCUGCCCUUUUUGGUGGUUUGUCAACCAUCUUCACUCCGGAGCUGUGGAAAUGUACAGGUCAUGUGCCCAAAAAGUUCAAUUUUCAGUACACGGAGUUUCCUUGUUGGGAUGAGAAGCCGGAAGCCAAUGCUAAAAUUGAAGAGGAAAUAGAAAAUCCUGUUGACAAAGGUGCUGGUGUUCUGUUCUUGUUGUCAAAGGAGAAUGCUGUGGAUACCCAUGUGCCAAGUUUGACUGGCAUGAAAAGAGAAGUUGACACAGGUGGAGGUGACAGGCUGGCGCCUUCAAAAGAUGUGAAGAAGUUGGAGGGUGAGAACAUAGGUGUGAGACAUGCAGAGGAUGGUGUGAAGAAAGAUAAGGCCUUACUGCGACCCUUUGUGAUUCAUUCCGGUAAGCACAAGAAAGAGCACUCUGGGGCAUCCAAAGAUUUAAGUGGAAAAAAGAAGGUCAAGGUUGUUGAUAAAGAGGGGGAUGCUAAGAAGAGAGCUCCACAGGUUUCAAAAACAGCUUCUACACCACUCUCAAGUGAUGCAAAGCAAUUGGAAUUUUAUGAAGAUAGAGGUUCUAAGAGUGUCAAGACGGAUACUCAUUAUAUCAAUAAUGUGGAUUUGAAGGACACUUUGCCCAAAGAUAUUUUAUCAGGUAGUUGUCCUGUUGUGGAGCACAAUGUUGACAAGCCCAAGGACAACCUUGCUUCUAGUGAGCACCCUUCAGUAGCCUUAGUUUCAGAUGUGUCUAGACAUAAUAUUUCAGUCGGAGCAAGACUAAUGGAAGAGAAAGCUGGCCAUCAAGUUUCUGCAAGCAGUGAGAGUUCUAAAACUGAAAAUGGCAUGGCGCCAUUGUUUGAAUGCAAUGAUCUUGGAAGUGUUCCCAUAAAAGAAGAGGAGGUUGCCGUAGGUCAUGAUAAUGCGAAUGAUAGCGGAGGAGGUUCUUUUGUAAAUGCUGGCAUGGGCCUUCAAAAAUUAGAGCCCUUCGUGGAACAUAUCAGUACUGCUGUUGUGGAAGUAAAAGAUGAUCAGAGUUGUCAAGAUCCAAGUGGUGAUAUGCGCCAGAGCUCUUUAGAGCCUGGUGCUAAAGUAAAUACAGAAGCACAUUUUGAUCAUUUGCAAGAGGCAUUCAAUGUUGAAUCUUCCACUCUUAGUGAUGUAAAGUUGGAGGACUUGAAACCGUUGGUUCAACACUCAGGGACUUCUGCUGAUCACUUGUCUGCUAAUGUUGAAAUAAAUGAUACAGCUGUAACCAGUUUGCAGUCCAGUGACCUAAAGGUGCAAGAUGUUGACAGAAGCGUAGCAGCAGUGAGGAAUUGUCAAACAGAUACAGCUGGUCAAUUUUCUUGUGAUCCCUGUCAACCCAAGCAACAAUUGGAGGAGUUGGAAGGUUCCAUUGCAGUGGGGAAAAGUUCUUCAGAACUUGAACAUGACUCAAGAGCUUCCGAGGAGCCAUCAAAAUUAAGCAGUGCAAUUGUAAGCCCCCCAGCACCACUCAGCCAGCGUAAAAUGGCAGCAUCUGUUGGGAAAUCAUCAACUUCAUCGACCAUUGUGAUCUCAAAACCACCUGUUUCUGAUAAUCGUAAGCCUACAAAUGCCCAGAAUCAUAAUCAUGUUACAAAACGGGGAAUACCUGACUGCAGUAUUGGUAAGAGUGGAUCAACUGAUGUGGUCAGGGGUGAAGACAGGCAUGAAGUGCCUAGGAAAAUAUUGAAAGAACGUUCAAAACCCUCUGUCAGUUCUGUGUUGAAAGCGUCACAUUCAAGCAGGAUUUCACAUGCUUCUGAUUCCAAGAAAACUGUGUCAGAUUCCAAGGAUCGGGUGCUGUAUUCAUCUUUUAAAACAUCUUCAGCACAGAAUAUUGGACAUACUUCAGGCUCUGGUGAUCCUGUCAGUUCAUUGCAAACUCAAAGUGCAUCACAUGUUCAAAAUAAGAUUUCAGCUUCAGGCCUACAGCAGAGAAGUGAAAAGGUUACCCAGUCAAAUACCCAGCCAUCAACUAAGGUGAACCACACAGUGCAAAUGCAACCUCCUGCAUCUUCAAACUCUCCGGCAACACUUAGUGAUGAAGAGCUUGCUUUACUCUUGCAUCAAGAACUCAACAGUUCUCCUAGAGUUCCUCGAGUACCACGCAUGCGCCACACUGGUAGCUUACCUCAGUUGGCUUCCCCAACUGCUACAAGCAUGCUGAUCAAGCGGACGUCUAGUUCUGGAGGAAGAGAUCAGAGUUUGGUUGCUAGAAGAAAAAGCAAGGAUAUAGCUAAAGAUGGGUCUCGCAGUUCUCGUGAGAUUGAUGAUGAAGCUAAGAUGGACAGAUUGCCGCCUUCACCUGAUCAGAGGAGACAUGAUUCCGCAUGCCCAGCAGACACUAAGAAGGAAUCAGACAGUGGAUCUGGGAAAGGAUUACAUGCUGUCAAGAAGAGUGCUCCAGGCUCCACUGCGACUCUGAGCAGUGGUCCAUCUUCCUCCACUGAGGCUAAUGAACAAAAUUUGUCAUCCAUGCGUAACUCACCUCAAAAUGCCUCUGAGGAUGAUACUGGCACCAUUGGGGGCCCUACACAUCGCACUUUACCAGGGUUGAUUGCUGAGAUUAUGAGCAAAGGAAAACGCAUGACGUAUGAAGAACUCUGUAAUGCAGUGCUGCCGCACUGGCCUAACUUGAGGAAGCAUAAUGGAGAGCGCUAUGCAUAUUCAAGUCACUCACAGGCUGUUCUUGAUUGCCUGAGGAACCGAUAUGAAUGGGCUCAGUUGGUAGAUCGCGGUCCGAAGACCAAUGCAAGUAAAAAGAGGCGUAAGCUAGAUCCUGAGGCGCCGAGUUUUGAAUCAGAGGAUAACGUGUAUGGCAAGGACAUGACAUCGAAGGAGGUAGACAGUAAAAGUUUUGAGUCGCAUCGAGAAGAGUUCCCAAAGGGCAAGAGGAAAGCACGAAAACGAAGGCGACUGGCUUUGCAAGGGAGGGGCAUUAAAGAUGUUAGGAGGCGGCGCAAAGCAAAUUUGCUUAGUGAUGAUGAUGAUGAUGUCUCAUUUUCUACUUCUAGUGAGGAAAGUUUGUUUAGUGAUGAAGAAGAGAUACAAGGAGGCGGUGCAUGUCCAGUUGCGAGCGAAGCUUCUACCAGUUCAGCUGAAAUGACAACUAUGUCAUAGUAGUAGGUUUUUUUUUUUUUUUUUUUUUUUUUUGGAUUCAUGAUUGUUUUUUUUUAUCAAAGUCUUGGAAGAGGCUUUAUCCAUGUAAUAUUAGUCCUUGCAAUGCAUCCUUGUAGAUCUGUAUGAGGUUGUUUAGUUGUCUUCUUUGAUAUCCUUAUCCGAUAGAUUAACAGUGCGAUGGUGGUGCUACCUUCAAUGUUGAAAAUGUAAAAUACUAUUGUACAUAUAGAAGAAUAUGUCUUUGGAAACAUAUUCAGGAAGCAUUUUUUGUAAUAUGAUGUGUAGGCAGGCAUUCUAGUGAUCUGAAUUUCUGAAAAACUGAUUUGUGAAGAUUAUUAUUGUGUUGGAUA